AUGUUGGUGUACAUCUGGCUCCGCAACUCAUUGAUCCAGUCGAUCGCCGCCACAGUGGAUGGCAUUGAGAAGGUGAAGGAUGUCUGGGAGAAGUUGAGGAGGACCUAUGAUGGAGUAGGGAAUAACCUGAGGGUGUUCCAGAUCAAGGGAGAGAUCGACGCCACAGUCCAGGAAGAAAAGACUGUACAGGAGUAUGCUACAGAGUUGGUGCGCCUGUGGCUAGAUUAUGAUCACUUCUCAUCUCGGGCGAGCUGUAAGGACCCAGAGUGUAAAGAGCGAGAGGCCUUUUUACAGGAGAGGACUAUGGUGUUUCUCAAGGGGCUGACAUCGGAAUUUGCUCAGAGAAUUGCGUUACUGCUAGCUCAGCCAAAAAUUCCCACACUUGAGGAGGCAGUCUCAGCCAUGAUCUAG